UCCCAAGUCUCACCCUUAAUUGGCUUUAUAAAUGGAGAGGCUCUGAUGAGCUUUUUUCAUGAACUUCUCUUAGUUGUUUAUAAAAAAAAGCUUUUCUACUUUAAAGAAGAAUAAUCCCCAUAGUUCUAGCCAUGGCUGCAUCUUUCUCAGUUCCCUCAAUGAUAAUGGAGGAAGAAGGAAGGUUUGAAGCAGAAGUAGCCGAGGUGCAAGCAUGGUGGAACACAGAGAGGUUCAAACUAACCCGGAGACCAUUCACAGCUCGAGAUGUUGUUGCACUUCGAGGCAAUCUCAAGCAAAGCUAUGGCUCAAACGAAAUGGCCAAAAAGCUGUGGAGAACCUUAAAGACUCACCAAGCCAAUGGCACAGCUUCAAGAACUUUUGGUGCACUUGACCCGAUGGGCAAAUACUUGGACACCAUCUACGUCUCUGGUUGGCAGUGUUCCUCUACCCAUACCAGCACCAACGAACCGGGCCCCGAUCUCGCCGACUAUCCAUACGACACUGUUCCUAACAAAGUCGAACACCUUUUCUUUGCUCAACAGUACCAUGACCGAAAACAGAGAGAGGCUAGGAUGAGCAUGAGCCGUGAAGAGCGAGCUCGAACACCUUACGUUGAUUACUUGAAACCCAUCAUUGCCGAUGGCGAUACGGGUUUCGGUGGGACCACGGCCACCAUUAAGCUUUGCAAGCUUUUCGUCGAACGUGGUGCUGCCGGUGUCCAUAUCGAAGACCAAUCGUCGGUGACCAAGAAAUGCGGUCACAUGGCCGGAAAAGUACUCGUCGCUGUCAGUGAACAUAUCAAUAGGCUGGUGGCUGCAAGGUUGCAAUUCGAUGUAAUGGGAGUUGAGACGGUCUUGGUUGCAAGAACUGAUGCAGUGGCUGCAACUUUAAUACAGACCAACGUGGACAAAAGGGACCACCAGUUCAUACUGGGGGCCACCAAUCCAGCUCUUAAAGGUAAACACUUGGCUACUCUUCUUGCUGAAGCAAUGGCUGCUGGUAAAACAGGAGCUGAGCUUCAAGCAAUUGAAGACGAUUGGAUUUCAAAGGCACAUUUGAGGACUUUCUCCGAACAUGUGGUGGACGCAAUUAAGAAUUCCAAUCUGAGUGACAAUGAGAAGAGGUGGAAAUUGAACGAGUGGAACAACUUUUCCGGUUACGAAAAACGCAUUUCCAAUGACCAAGGCCGCGAGAUUGCUGAGAGAUUGGGUCUGAAAAACCUUUUCUGGGACUGGGAUUUACCUAGAACCAGAGAAGGUUUUUACAGAUUUAAAGGGUCUGUGGAAGCAGCCAUUGUCCGAGGCUGGUCUUUUGCCCCUCAUGCCGACCUUAUUUGGAUGGAAACUUCAAGCCCUGAUUUCGUUGAGUGCACCAAAUUUGCCGAGGGUGUGAAAUCGGCUGCACCUGAGAUCAUGUUGGCCUACAAUCUUUCACCGUCGUUUAAUUGGGAUGCUUCUGGUAUGGCUGAUGACCAAAUGAGGGAGUUCAUUCCGAGGAUAGCGAAACUGGGUUACUGUUGGCAGUUCAUUACUCUGGCUGGUUUCCAUGCUGAUGCAUUGGUGAUUGAUACGUUUGCGAAAGAUUUUGCUCGGAGAGGAAUGCUGGCUUAUGUUGAGAAGAUUCAGAGGGAGGAGAGGAACAAUGGGGUUGACACACUUGCUCAUCAGAAAUGGUCUGGUGCUAAUUUCUAUGACAAGUAUCUUAAGACUGUCCAGGGAGGCAUUUCUUCCACUGCUGCUAUGGGCAAAGGAGUGACCGAAGAGCAAUUCAAAGAGACAUGGACAAGACCAGGAGCUACAGAUAUGGGAGAAGGUAGCAGUCUUAUGGUUGCCAAGUCAAGAAUGUAGAAGGAGCUAUUUUAAGAAAGAGGAUGGUUCUGGGUAUUUUAACCCAAUACCUGUAUUUUGGGAUUGGGGAGUAGAAUAAUCAAACUGCAAUAAUGCCAAUAGCAAUAUGGUCAUUUGGGUAAUUCUGGGUAUUGUAUUUUUUUUUUUGGGUAACACACAGCUUUGCUGCUGCUACAAUUAUUUGUUGAUUCUCUAGAACAGGUCUUGGACAUGUUUGAUGUUAAUUUAUUGUAACUGGGUUUUCUAUUUCUGUUCAACAACUUUCACAUACUGUGAUAUUAUUUUAGUCCUA